ACAGAAUAUUAGCCGAAAUUAUUAUUUUUUAUAAUUAGAAUUGUCUUCCCUUACUUCCGUUCUAUUUCAAAAACAUUUCUCUCGAAUUCUACUGUAGAGUCAUAUUUUUAUCGUUAUAUAUUUUCGUUUCAACCAGCAAAGUGCUGCUUGUUUUCCAGCAAAUAUGACAGAACACGAAGGAUGUGGAUUUUCCUCGGGUUUAAAUGUGCACAUUGAAUUCUGCAAUUCCUGAGGCUAUGAGGACCGGGUGGAUGAGCUUCGCACAAAGAUUCAGCGUGAUGUUCCUGAAGCCUGCGUAACAAACAGCAUUAGUGAUAGAACUGAUUUUUAUUGCGAGUGGUAGAGUUUUGCAAUGGCUACAGAAAUUAGUGUAAAUGUUGCUGCCGAAAACGUGAAGGAAGAUGACUCAAGUGACUCGGAUGUUAAUAGUUCGGAACAUGUGAUUAAUCAUCCUUAUGAACCUGACAUCAUGAAAUCACGAAAUUGCUCUGAUGAUAUAAGCACAGGUGAAAACGAUGUACCUCAAUUGCUUCAUGCCCCAUUGAAUAAGGAAUGUAUACCUGUUGAUAACUCACAGAUUUCAGUCAGAGCUAAAAGAGGUCGUAAAAGACAAAAAGAAUUUACAAGAUCAGAAAACAAAAAGAGAAGGAAUAGUGGAUUAAGUUGUAUAGGCACUACGCAAAAAUUCCCAGCUAAAAUGUUGAAAAAAAGCUGUGAUUGUAAACGACUAAAAUGUGACACAAAAAUUUCUGAACAAAGAAGAAAGACCUUGUUCACUGUUUACUGGGAGUUAGGAGAUAUAAAUAAGCAACGACAGUUUAUUAUCAACUGUGUUUCAAAACACAACAAAGAAAGAAAAAGAACUAAAAGUGAUAAUUCCAGAAGAAAUUCAAGCUUGAAAUAUUGUUUUUGCAUCGAUGAUGUUGAAGUGGAAGUCUGCAAAAUAUUUUUUCUUAACACACUUUCAAUUUCAGAAACCACAGUAACAACUGCUUUAAAAAAAGGUGCAAAUGGAGUGGUAGAAGAUGAUAAUCGUGGAAAAACAAAGAGAAAUGAUAAGCAGAUGAAACAUCGCAAAAAAGAGCUUCGUCAGCAUAUUUUAUCACUUCUACAAGUUCCAAGUCAUUAUUGUAGGUCUUCAAGCAACUUACUGAGUCUCUCUUCAGAAUUAACCUUGUCAAAAAUGUAUGACAUGUAUAAGGAAGUAUGUAAGGAAAAGGAAACACAGCCCUUGAGCUACACAAUAUACUGGCAAACUUUUCAGUCAAUGAACUUGAGUUUUCAUUGUCCCCAAAAGGACCGGUGCGAAACCUGUGAAAAGUUUCGAAAUCUAAAUAUUGAAGAACAAGAAAAAGAAGCAGAAAAAUUUGAAGUGCAUUGUGAAAAGGCAGAAGAAAAUUGUGAAAUUAAAACCACUUUGAAGCAAGAAAAUUGACAAUACCAAAGUCACAGCUGUAUUUGACUUGCAAAAAGCUCUUCCUUCUCCAAAAUCUGAAGUCUCAUUAUUUCAUGAUUCUCAAAAACUCUCGACAUAAUGAUUUAACUAAUGAUGAAGUUACUUUGUUUUGUCUGGAAUGAAACAGUAUCUGGUCAAGGUAGUAAUGAAAUUGGCAGUUGCUUGUUCCAAAUGCUGAAAUAAUGGGAUGCAAAUGGAGCGAGAGGAGUUAACUUCUUUAGUGAUGCAUGCCCAGGACAAAACUGUAACUGAAACAUUCUGGCUUUGUUUCAUGCUUUCAUAAACAUAGAAGCAAAGAACAUCAAAGUAAUUAAUCACUAUUUCUUUGAGUCUGAAAUAAAAACGAUUCUGUCCACUCUGUGAGUGAAUGUGUAACAAAGCACCUAGACGUGUUUAUUCCUGAACAGUGGUACAUGCUCAUUAAAUCAGCUUCAAAGAAAAAGAGCUACUAUGUCACAGAAUUGGACCAAUCACAAAUUUAUGAUUUUGCAGAUGUUAUAAGUUAGACAGUGUCCAGAAAGGGAACAGCAAAAGUUUCCAAAAAGCAAAUUAUGAGUUACAGAAAGGGGAAGUUUUGUACAGUUGAUCUGCUUUGAAUUAGCCUGUGCCACUAAAUGUGACAUUUAAAAGAAUUAAAAGCAUCCAAUAUAAACUUAUAAACAAAGAGGCUUCCCAGCCCAUCCAAA